GCCUGAGGGGAGCUGCCGUCUGACUGACUCUCCGUCCCGGCGCGGCCAUGGCGCGGAGCUCGCUCUCCUCGCGCUUCCGCCGCCUCGACAUCGACCAGUUCGACGAGAACCGCUUCGUGGAGGAGCCCGACGGCGGCCCGGAGGCCGGGAGCGGGGCCGGCCCGGCGGAGAGCGAAGGUGGGCCCGGUCCGGAGGUGGAGGCGGCGCUGCGGCAAGGUGACAUGCUGAGGGCGUUCCGGGUAGCUUUACAGAAUUCUCCUGUUAACGCAAAGAACCCAGCAGCAAAGGAGCGGGCCCAGGAAGUGGCGCUGAAGGUGCUCACCUCUUUUAAAGGCAGCGAGAUCGAGCAGGCGGUGAACUCCUUAGAUAGCAACGGUAUUGACUUGUUAAUGAAGUACAUUUAUAAAGGAUUUGAAAAGCCAACGGAAAAUAGCAGUGCAAUACUACUUCAGUGGCACGAAAAGGCAUUAGCAGUAGGUGGCCUAGGAUCCAUAGUCAGAGUUCUUACCGCCCGAAAAACUGUUUAAAGGACCGUGUGCACUUGACUUGAGACACCCAAGAACUCUUGUGGAGCCAGGAGGAGGGCCGGGCCCCGCCGACACUUUGGUCCACCCUCCCAGGAGCCACGAUCGACUGAAGUACUGUUGGUUCGUGUUGGGGUGUGUGUGUGUGUGUGUGUCUCCUUCCAGGCUUGGAACAAAGCCCUUUUAACCACAGAUGUUGUGGGGGGGAACGUCUGCAUAAUCAUGUGUUCUGACUAUCAGAUCCAGGAGCUGCGAGGGGAAGUGGGGUGGUGGGGUGACGGGGUGUGUGUGCGUGUGCGUCCGUCUCCGGGACGGUUUGCUCUGGCCCAGUGUGUGCGGGGUGAGUGAGGCUUUAAUUUAAAAUUAACACAUGGUUGCAGGGGGAGGGGGGUUAGCUGUAAUGCCGGGAGCAAAACGAGAGCCUGGGUUCAGGGGUUUUCUUAUGCAAGAGGGCUUUUUGUACAUAGUUCAGAUUGCUGGGCUAGAGUUGGGUUUCAUGUAAAGUGCCUGCUGCUCUAUCAAAAUAAAGUUCUUGGAUGGUUAGAGUAAA